AAAGUAAUUCUUAUAAUUAACCAGCUUGCCCUAAAAUUACAAAAUAUGAAUCUUGAUUCUUCAAUGGUAAAAGGGGUGGGUAAAUCGCUAUUCUCGAGACCUCCACUAAAUUAAAAUUGCGCUCCCUCGCUUAACACGCUCCCCCCCAACUGAGCAGGGUUUACAGAUAAAUUUCGGAAAUUUUCCUUCUCACUAGAAAUUGUUUGAUGCAUUCUCUCUCUAACAGGUACUAAUACUAUCGCGAAAAGAAAAAGAAAAUGUUUCUUCAAUCGCAAUUGUCGUGGAAUGUGGUGGUCCCCGCCGAAAACAUCGACGCCGAAGGACUAAUGCUGCAGAAAGCCAUUCUGAUUCGGCUUCUAGAAGACUUUUCGUCCAGGAAGGCAUUGAAAGAGAUAGGCUACUUAACCGCGGUCACAACCCUAGACCACGUAGGAGAGGCUACGGUGAGGCAGCACACGGGCGAUCUCCUCUUCCCCGUCGAAUUCAGCUGCAUCACAUUCAAGAUGUUUCCCGGUGAAGUCUUGGAAGGGGUGGCCCACAGCGUUAUGAAGCAAGGGGUUUUCUUGAGAUGUGGGGCCGCUGAGAAAGUGUACGUCUCUCCUAGCAAAAUGGCCGGGUACAAGUUUGUGCCCGGCGAGAAUCCCGUUUACAAGAACGACGAAAAAUCGUUGAGAAUCGAAAAGGGUACCAAAGUUCAAUUUUUGGUGCUCGAUGAAAAGUAUGAUGAGAUUGAGAGGGAUUUUCGGGCGGUGGUUAGCUUGGAGGGUGAAUUUCUUGGCCCUAUUUUAAUUUAGGGGUAAUUACAACCAGAUCCCUUUAAAAUGGGGAAAUUACGGUGUUUUCCCUCUCUUUUUUCGUAAUUAUUAUUGCCUCCCUCUCUGUAUUUCCGAUGUUUACGCGUAGUAGUGAGCAGGAAAUGUGAUAUGAAGUGUUGGGAUUUUUGUAAGGGAGCAAACUUGGAUUGUAGAAGGAGAGGGGGGAUUAUGUAAUUACGUUAUAUUAGAGGGGUCUGAUUGUAAUUAUCUCUAGUAUUGUGUGUGAUCUUUGAUGUUAGUCAAGAAUACUACUUCAACAAGUGUGGUUUGCUUUGUAUUCAAGAAACAUUUUAAAAA